AUGGCUAUGUUCCAGGAAAAACUCCAGCAGGAGAGAAGGAACCUCCCAAUAUACCCUGCCAAGGGAAAGAUAAUUAACCAGAUUCAGAGGCUAGACACUGCCAUUCUAAUAGGGGAAACAGGAAGUGGUAAAACCACACAGAUACCACAGUAUCUUUUGGAGGCCAAUGUGAACAAAAAUGCCAUUAUUGCUAUAACACAGCCCAGACGAGUUGCAGCCAUCACGAUAUCACAGAGAGUGGCAGAAGAACAGGGGACAGAACUGGGACAGCGGGUUGGUUACUGUGUGAGAUUUGAGGAUGUCACAUCAGAGAAUACUAAAAUCAAGUACAUGACUGAUGGAAUGCUACUAAGGGAAGCAAUCCUGGACCCUCUCCUGAAGAGUCCUUUACCACAUGCCACUCACAUAUUCGUCCUUGUCAAUAAAGACAUCAGUUUAUUUGGACUUGGAAGUAUUCUAUGUACAUGUAGAUGCUUGGUUGUCUGA